GGGCUGGAUACGGAGUGGAACGGCUUUCCGUAGACCGGCUUUGGUAGUACCAUGGAUGUAUUAGGGUAGUACUACUCAGAAUACCUAGCUAUGCUACUAGCUAGCUGGCUAGGUUGAGUAGUAUUCACCAGGUUUGCUAGUACCAAAUAUUCUCCAUUACUAAGCCGUAUGUCACCAGGAUGAAGAUUUGUGGUUGGAAAUGGGAGAGGCAGAGAUAGUUGAAGAUAGUUUUGGGGAUGGUUGAUAGGAAGAUCAUACAGAUACAGAGGAAUAGACGUCGGUCGCUACUUCUCCAGAAGAUGGCAACAGCUGCCGUAAAGAACUCCAGCGAAGAAGAAGACAGACAGCUGAGCUUACUGAAGUUGUUUGCAACCGUUGACAGCUGGGAAGGUUGUUGGACUACGGUGUAAUGCAAGCUCCUCUGCGCUGGGUGCUAUGGGAUGUGAAAGACACCCUGCUGAAGGUGCGUGCAUCUGUGGGAGAGCAGUACUGCAAGGAGGCUGAACGAGUGGGCUUGAACCUCAGUCCUGUGGAGGUCGAAGCUGCUUUCCGCCAGGCAUAUCGACAUCAUUCCAGCAGACACCCAAACUAUGGCGUCACUCACGGCCUAGAUGGACAGUCUUGGUGGAUGGGAGUGGUGCGAGACACUUUCUCCCAGUGCAGGGUACAGGACCCAGCCCUGCUAAAUACAGUGGCUCACAACCUUUAUCAUAACUUCUGCAAUGCAGAGAACUGGGAGGUAUUUUCAGACUCAAAGAAGACCCUGGAGUGUUGCUCUUCUCUAGGACUGAAGCUGGGUGUGGUAUCAAACUUUGAUAAGCGCCUAGAAAAGAUUCUACAUGUGUGUGGCCUGCGGUCUCACUUCAGCUUUUUGGUAACAUCAGAGGAAGCAGGUAUAGCAAAGCCAAGUCCAGCCAUCUUUGACCAGGCACUGCAGAGAUGUGGAGUACCAGCUGCUAGUGUAGCUCAUAUCGGGGACCACUAUGUGAAUGAUUACCUCGCGUCUCGGUCUGUGGGCAUCCACGGGUUCCUAUUAGACAGACACAACAAGCACAACCAACCUGACGUUCCUCGAGAGCAUCGGCUUAGCUCCCUGGAGGAGCUGCCGUCACAGCUUCAGCUUCGCAUUGACUAAUGCCAAGAGUCAUGGGCUCAACUGCAAAGCUACUCAGCCUACCUGUGGUUCAGUUAAGGAACAAAUUUUUGGCAUGUAGCUAUGUUGACCUGAGUGGGCUCAACCACCUAAGAGCUCAAAUGAAAUGUUCCUGAUAGAUAUUUAUAGGGGGAAAAAAACAUGGGUUGUACCGUAAUAUGAAAACUGUAUGUACAGUGUGUAAUUGUAAUGCACUGUUACUGUAAAUAAAAUUGGAAGUACUAAAUUAUA